AUGCUCGGAAGUUGGGAGUCAUCGCCGUUGGUUCUUCUUUCUGUGACGACAUGUACCGGACAGGGUCAUCAAGCCAACAGAGGUCUGAGAUGGUUCAUGGUGUGUGACGACGACACAUUGGUGCUUGUGAAUAACUUGGUCGAGGUUCUAAACAAGUUUGAUCACACCGAGUACCAUUACAUUGGAGGCAACUCGGAGUGUGUAAAGUCCAAUGCCGACUUCUCAUUCGACAUGGCAUUUGGUGGGGCUGUCUAUGCUUUGAGCUAG